ACCCUAAAAUUGGUUCAGGCGAGAUUGGGGGAAAGCGAGAGCAAGAAGCAGAUGGCGAAGUCUAUGAGGUCGAAGCGAAAGCAGAGGCUGAGGUCUCUAAGGAGGGAGAUCGCGGAGCCCUUCUACGAGAAGAAGGAGGCUGCUAAGCUUGCCGCUCAGCAAGCGGCUCUUGAAGCCCCAAAGCUUCCUGUACGCGUCCGCAAGAAUGAAUCCGAGGCCGAUGUGCCAGCCGAGACGUCCACUGCCAUGGACGUCGAAGUUGCUGAUGGAGUAAGCUCUCAUGGAGAUGAUUCAAAAGCACUUCUAAAGCCGGUGGGAGGGAUAGGAAAGAAGAAGUUAAAAAGGCAGUUACUGCUGAAGAAGCUGAAGAGACGUGGCAGAGGCAAAGGUAAAGCAAGGCUGCGAAGGAGUCGAAAGGUUUAGCUAUCAGCUUAGAUAUGUGAAAUUUAAGUUGACUGAAUAUCAUUUUGUCCUUCCAUUUUAUUCAGAUGCAUUUUACUAUUUGUUGGUGGUCUUCUUUUAGCGUGCAAACUAUUAUUUUGAUUACAUUAACGAAUCAUUGCCAAGAUUUUGCAAGUUUUACUAACGCUGUAGAAUAACAUUUCAGAAUUAUGUAUUUUUUAUUGGGAUUGUUC